CGAUCACAGUAGUCACUUGAUAUCUGACUUUGGUUGAACAGUUACCUAGUGCAGCUGGACGUGCACUUUUGUUGAUACAGUUUUGAAUUUCAUUGCACCUCACGUUGAGGUCUCAAGAUGAAAAACGGAGAUAAAAGUUCGGAUCAGUUGGAAUCGCAAAAUGCGGAUGCAUUGGAAGAAGCCGCGGACCGAGAGGAAAGAGGAAUGUGGGCAAAUAAGGCGGAGUUCCUUCUAUCGUGCAUCGGUUAUUGUGUGGGGUUGGGAAACGUGUGGAGAUUCCCAUAUCUCGCAUAUGACAAUGGCGGAGGAUCUUUCAUCAUACCCUACCUCAUCAUGUUGACGUUUUGUGGAAUUCCGCUUUUCAUGAUAGAAUUGGCGCUUGGACAAUUCUCAGGUUAUGGUGUCAUUACCGCAUGGAGGGCCAGUCCCAUUUUUAAAGGCAUCGGUUACGGGAUGAUGGUUGUAUCUUUCCUGGUUGCUGUUUACUACAACGUCAUAAUCGCUUGGUCAUUGUUUUAUAUGUUUGCUUCGUUCCAAGCUGUCCUUCCUUGGACAUCUUCAUGCGGGACUGACUGGAACGUCGACUCCUGCGUUGAGACAGCUAAUGCAACCUGCAUCGGUCUUAACUGCACCAUGGAACCAACUACGGCAGUACCUGAGAUGACAACAGCUUACACUUCGGAUGUAAACAUGACAACUAUGGCAGCGGUGAAACGAAUCAGUUCAAGCGAAGAAUAUUGGAGGAACCGUGUACUGAGGAUAAACAAGAGUGAUGGUAUUGAUGACCCAGGGACUGUCUUGUGGGAUUUAGUUCUGUGUCUCUUACUUGCAUGGCUUAUUGUUUUCUUUUGUCUCAUUAAAGGAGUGAAGUCUUCAGGAAAGGUCGUUUAUUUCACGGCAACCUUCCCGUACAUUAUUCUCAUUAUUCUUCUGGUGAGAGGCUGCACACUAGAAGGCGCAAGAAAGGGCAUUGUCUUCUACGUUACUCCGAAAUGGGAAAAACUUCAAACAGCUAAGGUUUGGAAAGACGCAGCGACGCAGAUAUUUUAUUCUCUUGGAACCUCCUUUGGCGGACUGCUUACUUUCGCUUCAUACAACAAGUUUAACAACAACAUUCAUAGAGACACGCUCAUUGUUGCAUUAGGAAAUUGUGCAACGAGUAUAUUCGCUGGCUUCGUGAUCUUUUCUGUGAUCGGCCAUAUGUCGUUUAAACUAGGACUCAAUGUUGAAGAUGUGGUUAACCAGGGUCCUGGUUUGGCUUUCAUUGUCUACCCGGAAGCAGUAUCGUUGCUUCCACUUCCCCAGUUGUGGUCGAUCCUUUUCUUCUUCAUGUUGUUGACACUGGGAUUAGAUAGUCAGUUUGCAAUGGUGGAAACCGUCAUCACUGGAUUCAUGGACGAAUUCCCGAAAGUUCUCCGACCUCACAAGAUUGCCUUCACCGCUGGAACUUGUAUUGUUUGUUUCUUGUUGGGAAUUCUACUUGUGACCGAGGGUGGUCUUUAUUGGUUUGAAUUGUACAACUGGUACUCCGCUUAUUACGGUCUACUCCUACAAUCUCUUAUCCUUAGUUUAAUAGCAGCCUGGGGUUACGGCUUCUUUUUCACUUACAAAUGGCGACUGGUAAAGGACAUCAAACUCAUGAUUGGAUUUGAACCAAACUGGUAUUUCAGAAUCAACUGGAUGUUUAUCACACCUGGACUACUUCUGUUUGUGAUCAUUUACUCUGGCAUAAAGUACGUUCCGAUCUCAGUUGGGAGUUACGUUUAUCCAAAGUGGGCUGACGACCUCGGUCUUUGUAUGAGCAUGGCUUGUGUCGCCCUUAUUCCCAUUUACAUGGCAUACCGCAUUAUAAAAGCGCUGGUGCAAGGUGGCUCAAUUAAAGAGCUUUUCCUACCUGAAGCAAAAUGGGGACCUCAAGACAAAAGUUACAACUACGAUUCUCUGACUGGGGAGGGAGUCCCGAAUUUGCAUCUACGUUCCUCCAACUAUAUUGAUAACCCGCUACCCACUUAUUCUCAAACCGUCAACGAUUCUGUGGUCGAUCCCUACCCUUCUUAAAAUUUGCACAUGAGUGCUAUACUGUAUAAGUAUCAACUAUAGCAACGAUACUUUGUCAGGAACUUUUUAAUGUUGGUUCGUAUAGGUAUAUUCAAGUAGGGGAAGACGGGAGUCUUCAGCACAUAUGCAUAUAGUCCCAUCUUUCCCACAUUCUAUAUAUAUAUAUUAAGUAAUCAAUUGCUAUUCGAUUUUCCUUUUGUGCCCUGUACCCUAUUAUAGUAAUUAAUAGUUCGAUUAUGCAAUACCUGAACGUGGAGCAAGUAUUAUACAGUUUCCCUGUAUGACGAUAUUGCACGAACACAUUUGCUGUAUCUUAAAUUUUAACCCAUACCUUCAUGUAUUAAAUUUUAGCAAAAAUGCCUUUUAUUAGAAAAAUUUUUAUCGCCUUAAACAUUUUUGUGUCGUUAUAGUGUGCCUUACUUUUACUUGACUUAACAUUUCUUAUGAAGCUGUUUAUGCGACGGCUGUGUGUGUAUUAGCGAUUUUAAGUUUAACAAAUAUAUAUAUAGUAACUGAUAAAUAAAGAGGUUAAAUAACCGUUAUAGACAAA